CUCUUUCCAAACCCUUUGAACUUCUCCAAAGUUGUCUGUCAAUCAUCAAACAUUAGUCUCUGGUAUUUGUUCUUUCUCUGCACUUGAGUCUCGUUUAGGCGCAUUCACACAACAAACCCUCAUGCUAGUAGCCUCGGGAUGAACAUGUGGAUAUAGGCACGAUACCUAUACAAGGGCGACAAUGUUCACCUUCUGCCCUCUGCAGGGGGCCCUCUCCGAGUCUACUGCCUCCCAGUCUCUUCUGGAGCUUGAUGGAGGUGUCAAGGUCCUCAUUGAUGUCGGAUGGGAUGAAUCCUUUGAUGUUGACAAGCUGAAGGAGCUCGAGAAGCAAGUUCCGACACUGUCGUUGAUUCUCCUCACCCAUGCGACCGUUUCCCACCUCGCCGCCUAUGCACACUGCUGCAAGAACUUCCCGUUGUUCACUCGAAUCCCUGUGUAUGCGACGCGACCAGUCAUCGACCUUGGGCGAACCCUCCUACAAGAUCUAUAUGCCUCUACUCCUGCUGCUGCGACAACCAUAAAUCAUGGCUCCCUUGCCGAAGCAUCAUAUGCGUAUACCCAGUCUGCGUCUUCCGAUGACAACUUCUUGCGCCAGGCGCCGACUUCUGACGAGAUCGCAAAGUAUUUCUCCCUCAUACAACCACUCAAAUACUCACAGCCACACCAACCUCUGCCCUCGCCCUUCUCUCCACCUCUGAACGGCCUCACAAUCACCGCCUACAAUUCAGGACAUACGCUUGGUGGUACGAUAUGGCAUAUUCAACAUGGCCUCGAGUCGAUUGUCUACGCUGUCGAUUGGAGUCAGGCUCGUGAAAACGUGUUCGCAGGCGCGGCAUGGCUAGGAGGUGGUCACGGCGGAGCGGAGGUUAUUGAGCAGCUGCGCAAGCCCACCGCACUCGUCUGCAGCAGUCGCACGCCAACGCCUCUUGCUCGCGCCAAGAGAGAUGAGCAGCUCCUCGACAAUAUACGAGCAUGCGUGGCUAAAGGUGGUACUGUUCUGGUGCCGGUGGACUCCAGCGCCCGUGUUCUCGAACUAUCAUAUCUGAUGGAGCAUGCCUGGAGGGAGGAGGCUGCCAAGAACGAGACAAAGACUCUGAACGAGGCGCAUCUCUAUCUGGCGGCAAAGAACAUCAGCAGCACCCUACGACACGCAAGGAGCAUGUUCGAGUGGAUGGACGAGAAUAUUGUACGGGAGUUUGAAGCAGUGGCCGACACCUCCAAAAAUGUGAAUGGGGACAGCAGGAAGGGCAAGGCGGCUGGCCCCUUUGACUUUAAGCAUCUCAAGCUGCUGGAAAGAAAGUCGCAGGUCGACCGCCUCCUGCGCAGGUCCACAGAGGAGAACUGGACAAAGGGAUUGGUCAUUCUCGCGAGCGACCGCAGUCUGCAGUGGGGAUUUUCGAAGGAAGUGCUCAGGUCAAUUGCACAGGACCCGAAGAACCUGGUGAUCCUGACCGAGAAGCCGAAUCUGAGCUCACAGGACACACCAUCUAUCUCAAGAACAUUAUGGGAUCUGUGGAACGAGCGACAGGACGGUGUUGCUGUAGAGGAGUCGAGCAGUGGGGAUUCGCUCGAACAGGUCUACGGCGGAGGGCGCGAGAUGGAGAUUGCAGAGGCCACUAAAGAACCUCUUGUAGGGGAUGAGCUGACAAUUUACCAGCAGUGGCUUGCCACACAGCGACAACUACAGGCGACACUGCAGACGGGAGGGGUGACAGCUCUGGAAGGUGUGGUCGAUGGUGUGGACGAUGCUUCAUCCGAAUCAUCCACGGAGUCUGAUGCAUCGGAUAACGAACAGCAAGGCAGAGCCCUGAACAUAUCAACGACAAUGGGUCAGGCAAGCCGGAAGAAGAUUGUCCUCAAAGAUGAGGACCUGGGCAUCAAUGUGUUGGUCAAGAAGAAAGGCGUGCACGACUUUGAUGUGCGCGAGAAGAAGGGCAGGGAACGCAUCUUCCCAAUUCCAAUACGCAAGAAGAGAAACGACGAGUUUGGUGACAUCAUCCGCCCAGAAGAAUUCCUCAAGGCCGAAGAGCGCGAGGAUGAAGGUCAGGACCAGGGUGCGGUCAAAAAAGAGGACGAAGAGUUCUUGGGGAAGAAGCGCAAGUGGGACGAUGUCGGUAAGAAGGGCAACGCCGGCAACAAGCGACCUCAGCUCAACAGGGCUGUUUCCGACGACGUGGCCAUGUCACUACCAUCCGAAGGCUCGCAAGCGGAUGGCGAGGAGGACGACUUGGCGGAAGAAGAGGAAGAAGAACCCAAUCUGGGUCCGUCGAAACUCAUCAUCACGAAGGAGAAACUAUCCGUCAGCCUCCGCAUCGCGUUUGUGGAUUUCAGCGGUCUGCACGACAAGCGCUCACUGAACAUGCUCAUUCCGCUGAUCGCCCCGCGCAAACUCAUCCUUGUGUCGGGCAACGAGGAAGAAACAAUGGCCCUCGCAGCCGACUGCAAGAAACUGCUCGGCGUAUCAGCAAUGGAGGAGGGCAGCAGCGCCAAGACCGAUGUAUAUACACCGGAAGUUGGUGUCUCGAUCGAUGCUAGCGUGGACACCAACGCCUGGGUGGUGAAACUCGCCGACCCGCUCGUGCGGCGGCUGAAGUGGCAGAAUGUGCGCGGACUGGGCAUCGUGACCACAGAGACAGAUGGGUCCAAAGAGCACGCGGACGAGGAGCAAGCCGCCAACAGUAGUGGCACGGCGGUAGUGCCGACUCUCGAUGUCCUUCCGACCACCAUGGCCUCGGCCUCGCGAUCCGUGGCACAACCCCUCCACGUGGGUGACCUUCGUCUGGCGGACCUGCGGAGGGCAAUGCAGACAUCAGGGCAUACGGCCGAGUUCCGGGGCGAGGGCACGCUACUAAUUGAUGGUUCCGUCGCCGUGCGUAAAAGUGCGACGGGCAAGAUCGAGGUGGAGAGCAUCGGGCUGCCGAGCGCCGCUGGUGCAAUGGCUGGCAUGCAAGGCGCGACAACGUUCUGGGCGGUCAAGAGGAUGAUCUACGAUGGGCUGGCCGUCGUGGCUGGGGCUUAAUUGUAUCCGUACUCAUGACGAGAAGGGCUAAGGGGUAUAGGAUAGAUAUUUUACUAUGAAUGAAAAUUCAAAAGG